UGCGCGCUCUCUCAAUGCGUUAGGUACAACACAUUACACAAUAUCCGCAUUUUCGUUAUAAUAGCAACUUGUUCUAUUUGCAGAAUAAUCUUUUGUGGCGGCACCUCAAACACCAAACCUCUGCGGCUCUGCUCCUUACAAUGAGUAAGCUACAGAGUGAUGCACUGAGAGAGGCCAUAUCUCAGCUCGUUGCGAAUGCGAACGAGAAGAAGCGCAAAUUCACUGAGACAGUUGAACUUCAGAUCGGUUUGAAGAACUAUGACCCUCAGAAAGACAAGCGUUUCAGCGGUUCCGUUAAGCUUCCUCAUAUUCCUCGCCCCAAGAUGAAGAUCUGCAUGCUUGGUGACGCUCAGCACGUCGAAGAGGCUGAAAAAAUUGGGCUGGAUUGGAUGGAUGUCGAGGCACUGAAAAAGCUUAAUAAGAACAAGAAACUUGUGAAGAAGCUUGCUAAGAAGUAUCAUGCUUUUCUAGCUUCUGAAGCUGUCAUCAAGCAAAUUCCUCGCCUCUUAGGCCCUGGUUUGAACAAGGCAGGUAAGUUUCCAACAUUAGUGACACAUCAGGAAUCCUUAGAGUCAAAAGUUAAUGAAACAAAAGCAAUGGUGAAGUUUCAACUUAAGAAAGUUCUUUGCAUGGGUGUAGCUGUUGGAAAUUGCUCAAUGGAUGAGAAACAGAUAUUCCAGAAUGUACAACUCAGCGUCAAUUUCCUUGUUUCAUUAUUGAAGAAAAACUGGCAAAAUGUGAGAUGCUUGUACCUCAAGAGUACAAUGGGGAGUGCAAUCCGCGUAUUUUAGAUUGUUUAGAUGGGUAGUUUGCAUUGGCUAAGCCUCAUGAGUUCUGGACAUGUUAACGGGAUGUUAUUGCUGACAGUUAAUGUCCCCAUUUUUUUUUGACAUUCUUAAGAUUCUUUGAUAUCAAUUGUUUUAUGAUAAUCCUUGUUUUCUAUGUCAUUAAUGACUGGCCACAAAAGAUUCAUAGAUGUAUUUGGUUAUUUGAAUUUUA